UCUAAGGCAGUUGAUCAGUUGAUCUCUAGCUCUUCGCUGAACAACUUUUCACCUGCAUUAUUUUAGUUUUUACGACAGAAACAAAGUUCUAGUAGAUAUAUAAAAGUAACAGACAGAUUUCAAUAUUUUUUAAAAAAAGCACUACUAAUUGGAAAACAUCUUUUACCUUGUGCAGAAUGGCUUAUGCUGUUGAACACCAGUACACCAGAACACCAGUACGCCGCUUUCUCGAAGUGUUUCGUGAUGAGCACCAAUACGAUAGGAGACCAUGUGGGCUUACACCAAUUCAUCCAUCUAAGGCCGUGCCCAAGAAGAAACCAUGCCACGCUGCUGGAAUUUUCCCAAUCAAACCUAAAAAAGCUGGGCAGAGCCAAUCUCUCCUACCAGUACCAGUACGUUCAGUGGCAUCAGGGGUGAGAUCUUCAAAGGUACAAGGAAAGUUCACCGGGACAACUUCUCGUAAAGAAAAAUCGAGAAUCCCAGUCCUGAAAAAUCGAUUCACCAUCCACGCACCUAAAAUUGAAGCUUUAAAGAAGAGAGAGAGAGAGCUUAUGGUGGAGCUUUUGAAAGUUAGAGCCGAGAGGGAAGACGUUGAAAGUCUCCAACGUAGACUCUUCGUUAACAAACCCACACCCGCCAAAACACGAAAACGUCGCUCCAAGUCUCUAGCAUUAGACAGUCCUUUCUCCCUUGACAACGAUAGUCACCUAUGCCAAAAUAUGUCACCUAUGCCGCUGUUGUCACCGGCCCAAUCGAAAAAUCCAGGCUCCAUCUACGAGAAUUACCGUCGUACGUUAAACUUCCUUCAAACACCUUCACGCUCAACUUUUAAACAACGGACUAGAUCUACUCUACCAAGUGAUAAUGGCACCAACGUUUCCCAACUAGUGCAGAGCCAACUUGCUCACCUGUUUUGUUAAUUGUCCGGCUGUAAAUUGUGUUUUAAUGGAAAAGUGGCUUUUAAACUUAAUUAAACUUAAUAUAUACAAAUACAAUUAUUUUAAAAACAAAA